AUGGCGAUUUCCGACGAGCCUCAACUUCUACAGAACGCCUCGAUUCUCUUGCGGCGCAGACCGAGCGCCACCUCCGUCAACGGCUUGUUCGAUUUGUCUUCUACCGUGGAAGGCGAGAGUUCCGGUGAGGAGUUAGUCAAGGAUUCUUCUAGUUCCGACGACUCUGUCAGCGGUGAUCAGAAUAUUGACGGUAAUCCUGAUCAAAACCGAGUCAAUAAUGUUCCUGCAAUCCAAUUCACGUACCGUCCUUCUGUUCCGGCUCAUCGGAAAAUCAAGGAAAGUCCUCUCAGCUCCGAUAACAUUUUCCGUCAGUUGCAGAGUCACGCGGGCCUCUUCAACCUCUGUAUAGUAGUCCUUGUUGCAGUGAACAGCAGACUUAUCAUUGAGAAUAUAAUGAAGUAUGGUUGGUUGAUUAAGACUGGAUUUUGGUUUAGUUCAAAAUCAUUGAGAGAUUGGCCCCUCUUCAUGUGUUGUCUUAGUCUUGCGAUAUUUCCUUUGGUGGCCUUUAUAGUGGAAAAGUUGGCACAGCAAAAAUGUAUUUAUGAACCAAUUGCUAUUCUACUUCAUAUAAUCAUUACAGCAACUGCAAUUCUUUAUCCCAUUUUAGUAAUCCUCAGGUGUGAUUCAGCUUUUGUGUCAGGCGUCACAUUGAUGUUACUUUCUUGCAUUGUAUGGUUAAAACUAGUUUCUUAUGCUCAUACAAACUAUGAUUUGAGAGCACUUGCCAAUUCAAUUGAAAAGGGAGAAGCUCUUCCCAGUACUCUGAAUAUGGACUAUCCAUACGACGUGAGCUUCAAAAGCCUGACUUACUUUAUGGUUGCUCCUACAUUAUGUUACCAGCCAAGAUAUCCUCGCACCCCUUUUAUUCGAAAGGGUUGGGUGUUACGUCAAUUUAUCAAGCUGAUAAUAUUUACCGGAGUUAUGGGAUUUAUAAUUGAACAAUAUAUCAAUCCUAUUGUACAAAACUCCCAGCAUCCUUUUGAGGGAAACCUUCUUUAUGCCAUCGAAAGAGUUCUGAAGCUGUCUGUUCCAAAUCUAUAUGUGUGGCUCUGCAUGUUCUACUGCUUUUUCCACCUUUGGUUAAAUAUACUGGCAGAGCUUCUUCGAUUUGGUGAUCGCGAAUUUUACAAGGAUUGGUGGAAUGCCAGAACUCUUGAAGAGUAUUGGAGGAUGUGGAAUAUGCCUGUUCACAAAUGGAUGAUUCGUCACCUAUAUUUUCCAUGUUUAAGGAGUGGUAUACCCAAGGGUGCUGCUGUUUUAAUUGCCUUCCUGGUUUCUGCUUUGUUCCAUGAGCUGUGCAUUGCAGUUCCUUGCCACAUAUUCAAGUUGUGGGCUUUUAGUGGAAUUAUAUUUCAGGUUCCUUUGGUCUUGAUAACUAACUACCUGCAAAAUAAAUUCAGCAACUCAAUGGUUGGAAAUAUGUUUUUUUGGUUCUCAUUCUGUAUUCUUGGUCAACCUAUGUGUGUACUACUAUACUACCAUGACUUGAUGAAUAGAAAAAGCAAACUUGACCAAAGCUAG